CCAUCUCGUCUCAGAGGUUGAAGCAGAGAAGUUCCGAUCAUGGCGUUAGCUUCUCGUCUCUUAUCGAGAUCCAGACAGCUCUAUGUUGGUCAGAUAAUAUUACAACAGGAGCAUGGUGUUCUAGUUCGCUUCUUUGCUAAGGAAGCUGCGCCCGCAGCCCUUAAGGGAGAUGAGAUGUUGAAGAACAUAUUUCUCGAGGUAAAGAACAAAUUUGAGACAGCCCUUGGGAUUCUGCGUAAAGAGAAGAUCACCAUAGAUCCAGCUGAUCCUGCUGCAGUGUCUCACUACGCAAAAGUCAUGAAGACCAUUAGAGAAAAGGCAGACUUGUUCUCAGAAUCCCAACGGAUUCAGUACACCAUUGACUAAAGCGAACAUAACUCCUGACAUUGAAGAGUAUAAGAAUCA